GGCAUUUUUUGUUAUUUUUGUUGUACUGUGUAAUUAUUGUAAGUUUCCUUGUAAUUAUUGUGUGUGAAAAACUACAAUGAACCAGGAGGAAUAUUCCAGCGACAGCGAUGCUAGUGACGAGGAUUUCCGACCCGAUAAAGAAGACGCCGAUUCCGGAAGCGAUCCGGAAUCGGAAGAUGAUGAGCCCCUAGAGGACGACCAGGCGGAAACGAACAAAACCGGUGGUUCGCAGCGUAAGCGGAAAGCGGCCAAGCCGGGCGCUGGCAAGAGCUCCAAGGCAUCGAAAACGGCGCUCGAUCAACGGGAAGCUGGGAAGGCGGACAACCAAGGAAGUGGUGACUCGAAAGAGGAUAAAGAGCUGGAUGAGGAGGAGGAAAAACGCCGGACCGAUGCACUGUGGGCGGACUUUCUCGGUGGUAGCAGCAACAGCAGUACGCAUGAAACUAAAUCCACCACCACAAGCACAACGCUCAAGGCUUCUGAAGCGACCAAAGCAGCACCCGUAUCAAAGAAACCCGUCGUUCCAGCGGUGAGAAAACCGGCUGAAAGCGAGAAGAAGUUAACGGUCGAGAAGAUCUUUGAGUUUGCCGGAGAACGGGUAGUGGUCACAGAAGAAGAGGGAGGUAGCCAAGGCAACGCACCGAAAGGAUCCUCACCAGCAGCAUCAACCGCACCGAAAGCAGCAAAUGCUCCGCCCAGUCGUGGUGGAGGACUUGGAUCAGUAUUAAAUCAAAUUGGCAAGAAAAACCAACUCAGUACCCUAGAGAAAACCAAACUCGACUGGAACCGGUUCAAGCGGCAGGAAGGAAUCGAAGAGGAACUGCAAACACACAACAAGGGCAAGGAUGGGUUCCUGGAGCGGCGCGAUUUCCUCGAGCGUACGGAUGUGCGCCAGUUUGAGAUUGAAAAAUCAUUCCGACAGUCCAAACGGAGCAACCGAUAAGCUGCCCGAGCAACGCCAGCAGCAGGCGAAACUCAAUCGGCCCGGUUCCGCGCCUCCCAUCUCAGUUCCAGACAGAUACAAAUGUAUUUUAAUAUUCAAUCAUACAUCGCAUUAAUUAUGACGUGAAUAUGUGUAUUGCAUAGCGUGAAUAGUGUAAAACCAUUGCAUAAACCGAUUAUUCCAAGACCCCGUGUACCACACCCCAUGGCCAGUUACGCUUUACUCACUACUGAUCCGACGCGUGUGGGCAGUAGAGGAAUUAGAUAACAAUAAAGUGUCAACAAAUAUUCAAUUCUAAAAUAGUA